AAGACUUUUCUAACCUUCAAUUAUUGAAGAAUUCCUUUAUAUGAAUAGACAUUUUUUUCUUUAUUAACAUUUAAAAUUAAAAUGCCGGACCACUUAGGAGCUGACCAAAGAAAAACUAAGGAAGAUAAAGAAGAAGAUAAACCUAUACAAGCAUUGGAUGAAGGGGAUAUUGCCUUGUUAAAAACAUAUGGUGUUGGUCAGUACAGUAAAGCCAUUAAAAGUGUUGAAGAAGACAUUCAAAAUGGAGUCAAGAAAGUAAAUGAGUUGGCAGGAAUCAAGGAGUCUGACACAGGGUUAGCUCCCCCUGCAUUGUGGGAUUUGGCUGCAGACAAACAGACACUUCAAAACGAACAGCCUCUGCAAGUAGCAAGGUGUACUAAGAUCAUUAACGCUGAUUCCGACGACCCUAAAUACAUUAUCAAUGUCAAACAAUUUGCCAAGUUUGUGGUGGACUUGGGAGACCAGGUGGCCCCCACCGACAUAGAGGAGGGGAUGAGAGUGGGGGUUGACAGAAACAAAUACCAGAUUCAUAUUCCCUUGCCCCCAAAGAUCGACCCCUCAGUGACCAUGAUGCAGGUAGAGGAGAAGCCGGACGUGACGUACAGUGACGUUGGAGGGUGUAAGGAACAGAUCGAAAAGUUACGCGAAGUGGUGGAGACCCCUCUCCUACAUCCCGAGCGUUUUGUGAACCUUGGUAUCGAGCCUCCGAAAGGAGUCCUGUUGUUUGGACCUCCGGGGACUGGAAAAACACUCUGUGCCCGAGCAGUGGCAAAUAGAACAGAUGCCUGCUUCAUUCGUGUGAUUGGAUCGGAAUUGGUGCAAAAAUAUGUUGGCGAGGGCGCCCGAAUGGUACGAGAACUGUUUGAAAUGGCCAGAAAUAAGAAAGCUUGUAUUAUUUUCUUUGAUGAAAUUGAUGCAGUUGGAGGUGCCCGCUUUGACGAUGGAGCAGGUGGAGAUAACGAAGUCCAGAGGACAAUGUUGGAGCUAAUUAACCAACUUGACGGCUUUGACCCCCGCGGUAACAUCAAAGUUUUGAUGGCCACCAACAGACCCGACACCUUAGACCCUGCUCUGAUGAGGCCGGGGCGUCUUGACAGGAAAAUCGAGUUCGGCCUCCCAGACUUGGAGGGAAGAUCUCACAUUUUUAAGAUCCAUGCAAGGUCAAUGAGUGUUGAAAAAGACAUCCGAUAUGAAUUACUGGCAAGACUUUGUCCCAACAGCACAGGUGCAGAAAUUCGAAGUGUAUGCACAGAAGCUGGAAUGUUUGCCAUCAGAGCACAAAGGAAAAUGGCAACUGAAAAAGACUUUUUGGAAGCUGUCAACAAAGUGAUUAAGGCUUACGCUAAAUUCAGUUCUACACCCCGAUACAUGACCUACAAUUAAAAAAUGAACAUCUAUCUCUGAAAAUAAUUUGUGAAAUCAAUAGUUUAAAAUGACCUCUAACUUGUUUAUUUGAACAAUAUGUGCAAGUACAUGAUGCAUAAGUUUUCAUCUUUAUCAAUAAAAUGAUUCUUUAGUUUUUCAUGUGGUUCUGCAACGAUCAGCCCACAUGAAAAACUAAAGGAAGCAAGCCAUUAACUAUU